GGGACAUUAAUACAACUUGAACAAAUUAUUAUCCAGGAAUAAUAGAUUUUUCCAAAGUUCUUUAUACUGAGGUUCUUAUAAUAUAAUUUUAUUAACAAUGAAGAAUUGCGCCAGGUUUAUGUUGUGUUUGAGUACCUUCUGUCUACUUAUUUUAUACGUUGCAUCGGUUCCUCAUACUUUUUCGUGUCAAAAUAUCAUCCAAGUGACAAAUGCAGAUGGUACGACUAGCCGAAGAUGCAGCGGCUGGGUUCGUUUAUCAAUUAGUGAUAUAAAGCAGCAAAAUAAUGAAAAUUCGAAGAACAAACCAACUGAUCCGAAUAACAAAGAAAAUGAAGGUUCAAGACCAACUGGUUCUACAAAUACUCAAGAAAAUACCCCAAAUAAGAAUAAUAGCAAUCACAGUGGUCCUCAAUCAGUUGCAAUUAUAGACGUUCCUAUUAAUUGCCCCGAAGGUUUUCGACCAGAUCCUAGAGGAAUUUGCAGGGAAAGUUUUUAAGAAGCAGAUUGUUAUAAGUAAUUUUACAUUUUAUAGAAUUGUAAUAUUUCAAAAUAUAUUCAUGUAAAUAAAAAAUAUUAGAAAGUGUCAAAAACUAACUUUGUUUUAUCGAUUUGGCAAAACAGUAGCUUCU